CACUUUCAUAGUUGGGCUUUAAACCUUACCUAAUUUAUUCUCUCCCUCUCUCUCUCCCUCUCUCUCUCACUUGCUAGCGAUCCAAAGCUUUGUUGACCGAUUUGGUUUUUAGCAGCAUCAAAAUGUUAUCUCCCAUGGUUCCUUCCUCCUCCUGUGAAGAGUACGAUGUGUUCCUAAGUUUCAGAGGCGUUGACACACGUUAUAACUUCACCAGCCAUCUCGAUAAAGCCCUCCGCCUGAGAGGAAUCAAGUCCUUCAUCGACGACGAACUCCUUCGAGGGGACAAUCUCACCGCGCUUUUCCACAGAAUCGAGCAAUCCAAGAUCGCGAUCAUCGUCUUCUCCAAAAACUACUCCAACUCCGUGUGGUGUCUCCGAGAGCUCGUGAAGAUCCUCGAGUGCAGGGGCAGAGACCAACAGUUGGUGGUGCUCCCUAUCUUCUACAAAGUCGACAAAUCAGAGUUGAAGAAGGUCCCGAGAGAGAGUUUCACCGGAGUUACAGAGGAGGAGAUCUCGUCGUGGGAAGGUGCACUGACCACAGCUUUCAACAUCUCCGGCUAUGUAGUCAACGAAUCUAGCACGUCUGAGGCGGCAAUUGUGGAUGAGAUUGCUGUCGAGACAUUGAAGAAGCUGGAUGGAUUGGCUCCAAUCGGGAACGAAGGUCUGGUGGGAGUAGAAUCGAGACUAAAGAUUCUUGAAAAGCUUUUAUCUUGCGAUGAGUUGGAUUCUGUUUAUAUCCUAGGCAUCGUUGGAAUGGGUGGGAUUGGUAAAACUACUCUUGCUGAUUGUUUGUACAGACGGAUGCGACGUCGUUUCGACGGUAGCUGCUUUCUUACAAACAUACGUGAGAAUUCAGUUAGAAACGGGUUAGAUUCUCUGCUGCAGAAACUCUUCUCUACGUUACUGAAUGAUAGAGACAUAGAGAUUGGAGCUCCUGGAAAUGCACAUGAGAGAUUUGAGCGCAGGCUUAAGAGCAAGAGGCUUCUCAUUGUGCUUGAUGACGUCAGUGAUGAAAAGCAGAUACGGUAUCUGAUGGGGCACUCCAAAUGGUAUCAAGGAGGAAGUAGGAUCAUCAUAACCACAAGAGACAGUAAGCUGAUCGAAGGCCGAAAAUACGUGCUCCCUAAAUUGAAUGAUAGAGAAGCUUUGAAGCUCUUUAGCAUGAAAGCAUUUAAUAAAUCUUGCCCUUCAACGGAGUUUGAGAGCUUGGCAAAUAUGGUUCUGGAUUAUGCUAAAGGCAACCCUUUGGCUCUUAAGAUGUUAGGGUCUGAUCUUUACAAUAGGGAUGCUCUGUACUGGGAAGAUAAAUUGGAUAGACUGACAAGUAGAUCGCAUAAAUGUAUCUACGAAGUUCUGGAAACGAGCUAUGAGGAGCUUACCGUUGAGCAGAAGAAUGUUUUUCUGGAUAUUGCAUGUUUCUUUAGAUCAGAGAAGGUUGAUUACGUGAAAAGCCUUCUCAACAGUCAUGGUGUCGAUGUGUCCAGCGUGAUAGAGGAUCUACUUGACAAAUGUCUGAUUACUCUUUCUGAUAACCGCAUCGAGAUGCAUGACAUGUUGCAGACUGUGGGCAAGGAGAUUAGCUUAAAGGUGGAAACUAUAGGAAUAGGAGGAGACUUUGGGAAUAGGAGGAGACUAUUACAACAUAGCAACUCAUAUCGGGCGCAAAUCAGACUAUGGGACAGUGACGCUAUUUGUGACCUUCUCACCAACGGCAUGGGAACUGGCAAUAUAAGAGGCAUUUUCCUAGACACAUCAAAACUAGGAGCAAUUCGUCUAAGUGCCAAAGCUUUCAAAGGAAUGUACAAUCUCAAAUACCUGAAAAUUUUUGAUUCUUGUUGUUCUCGUGGAUGUGAAUCGGAGUUUAAGCUGCACUUCCGCAAAGGGCUUGAUUCCCUUCCUAAUGGGCUUAAAUAUCUACACUGGCAUGGAUACCCGCUAGAGAGUAUCCCUGACAUCGACAUCAAGAACCUUGUAGACCUUAAAUUGCCACAUAGUAAAUUAGAAGAAAUUUGGGACGGAGACAAGGAUGCAGGAAUGCUCAAAUGGGUCGACCUUAGUCACUCCGUGAACUUACGCCGUUGUUUAGGCUUGGCUAAUGCUCAAAAUCUUGAGAGACUGAAUCUAGAAGGAUGUUCAAAUUUGAAAAAGUUGCCAUCAUCGAUGAAAUGUUUGGAGAAGCUUGUUUACCUAAAUCUCAGGGAGUGCACAAGCCUUAAGACUCUUCCAAAAGGACUCAAAUCUCAAUCCCUAGAAACGCUUAUUCUCAGUGGCUGCUCCAGCUUCAGGAAAUUCCCAAUGAUCUCAGAUAAUGUUCAAGUUCUACUUUUAGAUGGCACAGUUAUAAAGAGUCUUCCCGAAUCCAUCCAAAGCCUGAGGAAACUUGGUUUGCUGAAUCUGAAGAACUGCAGAAAACUGAAGCAUCUUUCUACUGAUCUUCAUAAGCUGAAAUGUCUACAAGAGCUCAUACUUUCAGGCUGCUCACAGCUAGAGGUUUUUCCAGAAAUCAAGGAAGAUAUGGAAUCUUUGGAGAUUUUACUUCUGGAUGAUACAGCCAUCUCUGAGAUGCCAAAUAUGAUGCAUUUGAGCAAUAUCAAGACAUUUUCGUUGUGUGGGACAGACAGUCAGCUCUCUGUUAGUAUGUUUUUCUCGCCACCUCCGUUGGUCUGCUCUCGGCUAACAGAUCUUUAUCUCUCAAGUUGCAGUCUGUACAAACUCCCAGAAAAUAUUGGCGGCCUAUCUUUUUUGCAGUCUUUAUGCUUAAGCGGAAACAACAUUGAAAAUCUGCCUGAGAGCUUCAACCAGCUUCACAAUCUGAAAUGGUUCGAUUUAAAGUAUUGCAAAAUGCUCAAAGCUCUACCAACCCUUCCACAAAACCUGCAAUAUCUGGAUGCACACGAGUGCGAGUCACUUGAAACUUUGGCAAACCGGUUGACGCCUUUGACCGUAGGAGAGAGGACCCAUUCUAUGUUCAUCUUUAGCAACUGUUACAAACUAAACCAAGACACACAAGAGACUCUUGUGGGUCAUGGUCGAAUCAAAAGUCAGUUGAUGGCUAAUGCAUCUGUUAAACGUUAUUAUCGGGGAUUCAUCCCAGAGCCUCUCGUUGGAAUCUGUUUUCCGGCGAGUGAAAUACCGAGCUGGUUCUGCUAUCAAAGACUAGGACGUUCACUAGAAAUCCCAUUGCCUCCGCAUUGGUGUGACACUAAUUUUGUUGGACUUGCCUUCUCUGUAGUCAUCUCGUUCACAGACUAUGAAGACAGUGCUAAACGUUUCUCGGUAAAGUGCUCCGGCAAAUUCGAGAACCAAGACGGUUCAUCUACCGUAUUUGAUUUCACUCUUGCAGGCUGGAACGAACCGUGUAAAACGCUUAGCCAUGAACCAAGAAAGCUCUCUUCUGACCAUGUUUUCAUGGGAUACAACAGUUGUUUCCACGUCAAGCAACUCCAUGAAGAGGUUAAUAGUUGCUGUCACACAAAGGCUUCUUUCGAAUUCUAUGCGACGGAUAAUGAAACGAAGAAGAAGCUGGAGACUUGUAAGGUGAUAAAAUGUGGGAUGAGUUUAGUGUAUGUUCCUGAUGAUGAGGAUGGUAUUUUGUUGAAGAAGAUAAAUGUGGCUCAGUUGAGUUCGCAGACCGAACAAAGCUGUUCCAACGGUCUUGAUGAUGUUAGACUCAAGAGAGGACGAUGCCAGUUAGGUGGUGGUGAUGAAGAAUCAGACUGUAAGAAAACUAAGAAGGACAAGAUUUUGGUGUUAUAAAAAUGUAUAUUUUAUUUGAUGUAUAAAAUCUAAUAACUUUUCACUUCA